GUCAUUCGGCGUCAUCCGCGAUUUUCUAACCGUCGCGCGUCGGUGUGUUUAUUCACUCCGAGUGAGCCGGAUAAUGACCGAACGGACGGUCGACGUAAACGGCCGUCCCUCAAUUGACACGUUACAACGCGAGGCGUCGCACGACACUCCACAUCCACGAUCCAAUCGUACUCCCCCUCCGAUUCAUAUAUUAGGCACGCGACGCGCCUCGGUCGCGAGGAAAUAACGACGCCGGGGGAGCGCGGGAGGGACGGAGGGAGGGACGACUAUUACUUACAUGGAGGUUAUAUGGCGCGGCGAGUGAUACGCGCCGCGCGUGGUAUCAAUCUCGGGUGCGAUCCGCACAUCCGACGAGGAAGCGCGUCGAAAGACGUCGAGCUACGCGAUGAAAUACGAAUCGCGACGGAAUCUCAAACGUACACUUUCGAGUCUCAUUAGCCCCGAAGCUCGCGUCGUCCGGCGAUCGUUCACGGUUUGUCGUCUCGAACGGACGGUCGUCUCGAAGCACGAGCUCCCAAUUAGCUCUCGGAUCGCGGCUCGUUCUCGUAACGAACGGACGAUUCACUUUUCGCGACGGGGACGAGCAAUUUUUCACUGUUUUCACUGUCGGACUCGCGAACGAACGGACGCGUCGGACGCGCGUUACGUGCCGGCCGCCAUGAUGAUUGUGCUCCCUCGCGCGAUUUCGCGCCUUUCGCGGCAAAAAGGCGCGAAACCGAUUCGCCUGACGUUGGCUGCGAGAUUGGUCGCGAGUGUCGCGAGGGCAUACGUAUGCAGUUGCAAUGGCGGACGUGCGGUGCGCGGUGUAGCGGCCGAGUUGCUCGCGAGUUCGACGACGAAAAGUGCCGUAAAUAUAUACGUGUGACGUGCCUCGCUGUCCGUUCCGAACCAAUUAACCUUUCGAAAAGUAAUCGGGCAGUUAAUUACUACCCGGAGACGACUGCGGUUCGGCGUGUGAGCGAGAAAAGUGAUCAUGGCCCGACGCGCUUUCGACGCGGCCGUUAUCGAAUCUGCGAAAUUAGUCGUCGCAUUAUCAACGAGCGAGCGUCGGGGCACACGUCGCGUCGUCAUCGUCGUCGUCGUCGUCGGGAGAGGAGAUCGAGAUUACAAGUCGGGCGUUCUUCUCGGAAACGUGUGCGACUUCGCUCUUCCCGGUCGCGAACCGAGGCGAGGCGAGGUGAGGGGCGAGGCGAGCGUGUGUGUAUAUAAACCGCGUGUCCCCCUUCUCCCCCUCCUCGGAAUAGCUCGAUCCUCCGAUUCUCCGUGCGGCCCUGGGACCGCGCGACACCGCCUAUCGCGUGAGGCACAGUAUACGCGCGCGUACUCGUCGCCUUUGUGUAUAUGUCGCGCGCGCGGUCCCACUCGCACCCACGCCCCGCUCUCUCUCGCUCCUGCGCACGCUCCUUCCCCCACCACCGGUCGGUAACGCCGCCGCCGCCGCCGCCGCCGCCGCGAGCCGUUGACUCUACGUAGUACCGUCGGCGGCGUGACGCGGCGCUCUCAGUCGUGCUCCUGCCGCGGCGCCAUCACGUUGCUUCUCUCCGAGCGCCGCUCCGGUCACGCAGUUCGCUCGCCGCAGCUCGUUGUGCCGUUGUCGGUCGUGUGCCGUGUGCGUGUAUAUGUAUUCCGGUGCGGUGUGUGACGAUCCCUCUCGACUCUCGCGUGAGAAACCGGCGGGCCGGAACACGGACGGGUGAAAGAGCAGUGGAGUAGCGAACGAACGCGCCCCGGCUCCGAGAGUGCUGCUCCGAAAUUGAGCGUCUCCGUCCGAAGCGAACUCGAAGGCGGACGGCGGAGCGCGCGAGUGACACACAUGAGGUGGUGGCGAACUCGCGGCGCGAGUUCCGUCGAAGAGGAGAAGCAGCAGCAGCCAGCGGCCUCGAGCGUCCAGCGGGGAAUGCACUUUCGGGAUCGUCGUCUGCGGCCGCGGCCGGCCGCCACGCUUCGGGAGACAUGACGCGAUGAUCGUCGAGGCACCCGGCAGUGCAUCCGCCCUGAUCGCCGCCGCAUUAUCAUCAUCAUUACGACGCCGUUGCCACCGUCGACGCCGCCGUCGUCACCGUCGCCACCGCCGCCGCCGCCGCCGCCGCUCGCAUUCUCCGCCCGCUACCACGUUCAUCUUCUCUCCUCUCUCCUCUCUCUCUCUCGCUUUCGUUCUCUCGCGCGUCCGCGUGUGUACGUGCUGCACCGCUCGACGGCCCCCGCAGAGUGUGACGGAUAAGUUUUCUCGUCAUCGUCAUCAUCGUGAUACGCGCCAGCCGGGAAUCAUGGGUGAUGUGCACGGGCUUCUUCUAGUUAGUGACCUCGGCCGGGAGGAUACCACCGCCUGGGACGUCGGGACAUCGGCAGCCGUCGGCAGCUCGAAAUACUGUUGGCAGAACUACAAGUCACUGGAGCGUUCUCAACACAACGCGGAGACCUCGCUUACUUCAACACGAGCGCGUCAUCGAAGCAUCGCGAAGCAAUCCAAUCUGAAUUGCAACGUUUCCAGAGCGCAUUUGAGCGAUCGACAGAGAGGUGGACAGCAGAAAACCCGCGAAACGUCGCGAUGCAGCUUCACCGUCAUCGGUGUCCUCCAUUUGCUCGUCCUGGUCGGCCUUUUCACCCUCGGUACGGCCGAGGCACGGACUUUUUGCCCAAACGGCUGUACCUGCGACGAUGAUACCCUGGUGGUCUCCUGCGUGGGCGCCAAUCUGGAUGUAAUACCUAUUGCGCUAAAUCCCAGCAUUCAGCGAAUAGUGUUGAAGGAGAAUCGCAUCAAGAUCGUGGAUGCAGCCGCCUUCCAGUUUUACGGUGACCUGAAGAACGUCGAUCUCUCUAGCAACCACCUGUUCACCAUACCCAACGGCAGUUUCGAUGCUCAACGACACCUUGUGGAGCUCCAUCUAAAGCACAACAAGAUCUCGGCGCUGACCGAGAAGACGUUCCAGGGCCUCAAAUCCCUUACGGUAUUGAAUCUGCGGGACAACUACCUGGAGACGCUGAAAAGCGGCCUGUUCGCUUCCCUGUCAAAACUUGAGGAGCUUGAUCUGGGCCAGAAUCGCAUAUCGAAGGUGGAGCCAGGCGCGUUUCAGAAAUUAGGCACCCUCCGAGUGCUCUAUCUCGACGACAACCAAUUGCGAGUCAUUCCAUCACCAGCCUUGGCGCCGUUAAACGCCCUCGCCGAGCUUCACAUUGGCUGGAACGCCUUUUCCUCGUUACCGGACGAUGCGUUCAACGGUCUUGAGCAACUGGCAGUAUUGGACAUUAUGGGCGCUGGACUGGACAACAUCAGCGACGGAGCGUUUCGCGGCCUAAACGCCCUUCGCACUCUAAAACUAGGCUCUAAUAAGCUGCGCGAAGUGCCGACGAAACAGUUAGCGGUGUUGCCGCGCCUAGAGGAGCUUACCUUGGGCCAAAACUUCUUCACGAUCUUGCGAUCGGGAGCCUUCCAAGGUCUGUUGACGUUAAAGAAGCUCGACGUAUCCGGUGCCAAGUUGCUUACCACCGUGGAGAAAGGAGCCUUCUCAGACAACGGCAACCUGGAGACUCUUGUGUUGAAUAGUAACAAGCGGCUAGCCACUAUGGAGGACGGUUCCCUGGCUGGUUUGCCGAAUUUGAGACAUCUGAUGCUACGCGACAAUGCCUUCACUACGUUCUCAGAGUCGUUGGUUGCCUGGAACGAACUGCGCCGAUUGGAUCUCAGCGAGAACCCUCUAGUGUGUGACUGCAGUCAGCUCUGGCUGGCUGAGAUACUUGUCCCGAGGAACUCGAGCCCAGUGAUAUGCGCCGAGCCGCCCGAGUCCAAGAGCAAGCCCAUCAAAGGCAUGACUGCCGACGAACUGGGCUGUGCCUUCUCGGAUCCGCGCAAGCAGGCUUUAUUGGCGACGGUGUGCGCCGCCGGAUUAGCCCUCUUCACUGGCCUUGCAUUGCUCCUUUACUACCGAUGUCGUCGACGCGUGCGGGAUGCGCUCAAGGACUACAAGUGGAAAAACCGCGCGAUAUCGCGAAAGGAGCAUGAAUACCAAAAGACUUUUUCCGAUGACGAAUAUAUCGUCCGCUCGGCGCACGCUCCUCAUCACCAUCAUCAUCAUCAUCAGACACCACAGUCCCAAUCGGUGCCCACGCACCAUCAUCAUCAUCAUUUACAGCAGCUGCAGCAGCAACAACAGCAACAGCAGCAGCACGCACAGAUAGCGGCCGGUAUCAAACCGAUACCGGUGACGGAACUGUAGCUAGAACUUCGGGCAGCGA